GCUUCAACACUGUGUUAUGUAGGCUACUGCACGGUGCUGUCUGUGCUUCAACACUGUGUUAUGCAGGCUACUGCACGGUGCUGUCUGUGCGUUGCCAUAUUUUUGCUAUUCUACCCUUCGAAACUGUAUACAUGGUAUUCCGUUGUAAGGUAUAAUAAGGCACAAGCAGUUUAAUACGAGUUUUUUUUUUUUUUUUUUUUUUUUAAUAAAUGAUGCCAUGUAUCUGAACACGAGCUCUUUAGAGUGAAAUCCACAGAUCACGGGUACUGCUGAACAGCUCCACAAUAGUCAUUGAAAAUCAUAGUCGUGAUUAAAAGCACAGACUUGCAAGAUCCUCCUUCUCUUCCUCCUCUAAUUACGUCAGGGACGUUGGUCUGCACUGGGGAAUGCCUUGUAAAUUCAUCAAGACGCAGCUUUUGCAACUUUUACUUCGGGAGUUUACAAUUAGGUUGAUAUGGACUUGAACCAUCCAAGCAAAGGGUCUGCUCGUUUUUAUUUGUUUUGUAAAUACGCGUGACACAGGUGCUCGGGUCCUGCUUAGACAGCGGCGCUUCUUGUUUGGGACAAUUUGUUAAUUUUAAAAGUUAUGGGGGGAGAGAAUAGGCGUCCUUUACUCGUGUAUGAUAAGGGAGCCUUGUUAUUGGAUUUGGAGGCUUAGUUCAGUCAGGUUUUCCAUUUGUGUAUCUAGAAAGAAAGAAAGUCUGCGCCUGUUCGAGCUAUUGAAAUCAGCCUGGCAUGCUCCUUCAGAUCUUUUUCAUGUGAGAUCACGUUAUGAAACGUAUUGGACUCUUGGAAACACAGAUGUGUGUAUUUUAAAAAUAGCUUUCUUAUCCAAAGGUGUGGGCAACAUAUUAUGUUGAAUUAAAUAGUUUUCAGAAUUGUUAUACAACCCAUUCCCUGCCAGCAGGCUCGCGGCGUGCUUUGUUUUGUUUUGUACUAUGCUUCAAGAAUGCUUCCUAGAAAGAGCAUCAUUCCGGAGGAGUUUGUGCUGCCGGUGAUCACCCCGGGGCUGGUCCGCAAACCCCGCUUCAGAGACCGGCCGCAGAAAGCUCGCUUCAUCACCAAGAGCGGAGCCUGCAACCUGGCGCACAAAAACAUCCGCGAGCAGGGCAGGUUCCUCCAGGACGUCUUCACCACGCUCGUGGACUUGAAGUGGCGAUACACGCUGGUCAUCUUCACCAUGUCCUUCCUCUGCAGCUGGCUUCUCUUCGCAAUGGUCUGGUGGCUGGUCGCUUUUGGGCACGGUGAUCUAAACCCCAAUCGGUUGGGGAUUGACCCAUGUGUAACCAAUGUCAAGUCCUUCACGUCAGCUUUCCUCUUCUCUAUUGAGGUGCAGGUGACCAUCGGCUUCGGGGGCCGGAUGAUGACGGAGCAGUGCCCCACGGCCAUCACAGUCCUGAUCGUGCAGAACAUCGCGGGGCUCAUCAUCAACGCCGUCAUGCUGGGCUGCAUCUUCAUGAAGACUGCCCAGGCGCAUAGGAGGGCUGAGACCCUGAUCUUCAGCCGGCACGCCGUCAUCGCCGUGAGGAACAAUAAGCUGUGCUUCAUGUUCCGCGUGGGCGACCUGCGCAAGAGCAUGAUCAUUGGGGCAGCCGUGCGCAUGCAGGUGGUGAAGAAGACCACCACGCCAGAAGGGGAGGUCAUCCCCAUCCACCAAAUCGAUGUCCACACUGAAAACCCCAUUGAGUGCAGCAACAUCUUCUUAGUGGCCCCGCUGAUCAUCUCCCACACCAUCGACAAGACCAGCCCACUGUACGACCUGUCUUUCAACGACCUGCUGGACAGCAACCUGGAGAUCAUCGUCAUCCUGGAAGGAGUGGUGGAGACCACGGGCAUCACCACCCAGGCCAGGACCUCCUACAUGCCCGAAGAGAUCCAGUGGGGCCAUCGCUUCGUGCCCAUCGUCACCGAGGAGGAUGGUGUCUACUCCGUGGACUACUCCAAGUUUGGGAACACCGCCAAAGUGGCGGCGCCCCGCUGCAGCGCCAGAGAGCUGGACGAGAAGCCGUCCAUUCUCAUCCAGGCCCUGCAGAAGAGCGAGCUCUCCCACCAGAACUCGCUGAGGAAGAGGAACAACUCCAUGAGACGGAACAACUCCAUGAGACGGAACAACUCCAUGAGGAGGAACAACUCCUCUUUGAUGGUGCCCAAGGUGCAGUUCUUAACCCCCGACGGCAGCCAGAAUGUGCCCGAAACAUGACACAUUGUGACAUCCUGUUUGCUGGCAUGUGUCGUGACUUUGGGAUACCUCAGAACUUCACUCUUCUUCAUUGUUCCAGUGUUAGAAGGAUUUCUGUGUCUUUGCCAGCAUGUUGGAUAUUUUCACACUGUGGGCCCUAUUCACAGAUCUUCAACUCCCACUCGAUUGAACAGACGGAUCCUCUUCACAAAGCUUUAACUCAAGGGGCUGGUUUCCAAUGCUAUUUACUCCUAAACUAAUAGUCUAAAAUGAAUAAGAAACAACGUAAUACUUCAUUCGAGCCCCUGAAUUACAAGUCUGUUGUUUAUUUCUAGUUUGGUAACUUCAUUGGGUGCGUUUCUCCUUUCUGAAAAACUGGUGCUAAUGAGGAAGUGGAAUGGAUAGCUUUGAGAAUUUAGCCCAAGGGUAUUUUGAUUCUGAUUUCAUUAAUAAAAUUAAGUGAUUCUUAAAACUUUUCUAAACUUUUCUUUUAUUAAAGAAGCCAGCAUCAUGUCAAACUGUAUUUUAUUCACAAAAGCAAAUUGUGAAAAAUAAGGGCUAGAUUCUCAACGCUAUUUACCCCAAAUCAUUAGUAGCUUAUUUUGUUUCUAAAGGAAAACACCCCAAGCCUGUUAACAAACCCAUAAUUUAAAUGUCUGAGGAAUUUAUUUCUGGCUUGGUAACUUUGGUCGGUGUUUUUUUCUUCAUUUCUGAAUAAAGCAAGUUAAUGCUGAUUUGGAGUACCGAGCUUUGAGAAUCGAGUCCUAAAUCUUUAAAUAGCUCCUGAGUUAAGGCUGUGUGAACGAGGCGGGCAGUGAUUAAAACAUCCUCAGAGGUUAGAGGGCACUUUGAAAGAACACGCUUUAGAAACAGUGGGGAACGGUUUCAUGAUUCUUUCAUUAAUAAACUGCCUUUCAAUAAAGCUAGAACAAAGGGUUUGUGAAUAGGGCCCUCUAGCACAAAGAUGUGCUCUUACCAUUAAACAACAGUAUUUAUUGUCUAGGAUCUGAAGCAAUUCUUGUGCUUAAUACUUGUUUUCUAUACAUGUGUCCGAUGUACUGUAUCUUGUAUUUUGGAAUGGUACGUUUACCAGUUCCCAUUUGUACGUGACAUGCAUUCUUCUCAUAUACUUAUCACUCAUUACUUUGCACACUCAGUCAUACGAUAUAUAGUAGUACUACAGUAGUUUUACUAAGCUUCUUUUUAGUACUCUACACAUAUAAUCAUUGAACGGGAAUCAAAUUCCGAUUAACCAUCUGUGCCCAAAGGUACCAUGCAGUCAGCAAACAAAGGAAGUGUAAGAGAGGGGAACCAGCAGAGGGGUACCUCACUACACAAUACAAACUGCCAUUAUACCUAUCUGAGAGUCGUAAGCAGUAUGGAAAUAGCUUGUAUAACUGUUACCACUCUGUAAUCUGUAACGCAACACUGAAAAUGUUAUUUGAUAUAGUACCUUGCAGUGCGUCUGGUUUUUGCUAUGUUGCUUGUACAUGUAAUAGCUUGUGCACUUCACAAUAUUUCUACAUAUUACCACACGCGCGCAGCGGGCCUGGGAAAGUGAUUCUGUUAAUAUCAGAAGCAACAUUGCUGUGUCCAGCUGCUUUACUUUGUUUUUCUCAACACCAAGCCUGAAGUUUAGUGAUAGAGCACGUAAUUACGACUGGCACUAAGACACAAAUAUGCUAUAAACUGUUUGACAAGUGUUAAAUAAAUAUGAAUAAAUCA